CUCUAUUUUGCAUUAGAUAAACCUUCUUAUAAUUAGUGUUUAUUCAUCUCUCCCCUUUUCCUUCAACAACACCUUGUGCUCCUUUUUUUCUUUUGUUAAGAGCUUUUCAUAAAACAUUGCUUUAACUCUUAUUAAAUCCUCUUCUUUCCACCACUGGAUUGAUAUAAUCUAUAUUUCGCCAUGUUUGUCUCCUACUCCUAUGAGGAAAUCAAGACUAGGGGCAGGUUAGAGUGGCUGGAUGAGCAUAUCGCGACUAUCCAUUAUGUGCGAGACAAAGCCUACAACUACACAGCCACUAAGCACUGGGUUCAGGUUGAUGCCCACCCCAGUGUCAAUGGAAGAAAUCCGACCUACCGACAUUUUAUACCACGCCAGGAGAUUGUCAAGGCGCUGGAGACGAAAAUCACUCGGGACAAUAUGACAAGGAGAGAGGCGUUUGAUUAUCUGAUGGCCGUGGUCGAGGCACUUCACAUCACCCCUGAUGAACAGUUCAGAACACCCCCCAAUGCUGUUCUUGAACAGAUGGAAGAGGAUUACUACGAGGGGUAUAACCCAGAGUACAGAGGGGCCUUUGGAAGAAAUGAGGAGCAGGAAGAGGAUCCCUACACGAUUGUCGAAUACAACGCAUGGCUCACCUGGGCGUUUGAGUCUAUCGCCGACUGGCAGGGAAAUAUUUUCCUUGGGUUUGGGCAGGGAGAUGGCCAAGGAACAAUCCUUGACAUUCCAUGCUCGCCCGAGAAUAGUGAUCCAGUCACCGCGUUUCACCAGUUCAAUCGCUGCGUCGAGUAUAGCCUGGUAUUGGCGAUGGAGGUGGACACGCUGAUGCAAUUUUAUAUUCUCCAGAUGCAACAAGUCAUGGCGGCAAUAACACAGUCAAAUCAGUACUGGAGGCCUGGAGAAGCUCAUUAUCAGCUAGGCCGUGCCUUGACUAAUGAGUAUCUCCAGAAGAAGAAGCUCCUACUAAAUAAUUAAUUAAACUGCGCGUGCUUCUUGUUUCUGUCUUUUUCAUACUCUAUUUUAUAAUGAACUAUAUUAAGG